GAUUUAAUCUGGAUUUCAGAUCACAAUCCAACUCUUUCAUUCAUCAGUGUUUAUAGACGCCUAUAAAAAUGAACACGGCUGUUGUGAAUAUAAUUAUUUCAUUAUGUAAAACCUUUUUAGUAAUUCUUCUAGUGCUUUAUGCAUACUACAAAUACCGUUAUUCUUACUGGAAGAAGAAAGGUGUUGCAUACCUCGAGCCCUCUUUCCCGUUUGGAAACAUUGGAGAUGCACUACUACAAAGGAAAUCUGUUGGGUUACAAUUCCAAGAUAUUUAUAAUAAACUUGCCGGUCAUGAACUUGGAGGGGCGUUUUCAUUCAUCAGACCAAUGCUCAUAGUUCGAGAGCCAGAGAUGAUUAAGAACAUCGUAGUUAAAGAUUUUGUACAUUUCCACGGCCAUGGUACGUACUUUGAUGAAGAGAGUGAACCUUUAUCUGCCAACCUGUUCACGCUGUCUGGAUAUAGAUGGAGGAAUCUUCGUACUAAUCUUACACCUACUUUCACAUCUGGUAAAAUGAAAACUAUGUUCCAAAUUCUUGUUGACUGUGGUAACGAACUGGGAAAGCACGUGGAUCAGUCUGCUGCUAAUGGGGAUAACAUAGAAGUGAAGGAUAUUCUGGCGAAGUUCAGUACCGAUGUGAUAGCACUGUUUGCUUUUGGAGUGCAGUGCAACUGCCUUAAGAAUCCAGAUGCUGAGUUUAGAAAAUGGGGCAGAAAAAUAUUCGAAACUAAUAGGAAGACAGGAGUCAAAGACGUUGCCAUGUUUGUGGCUCCUGCUUUGCCUCCAAUAUUGAAAAUACCUUUCGUGCCUCUGGAUGUAUCACAAUACUUCAAGAAGAUGGUGAAAGAAACAGUUGAAUAUCGGGAAAGUAACAGAGUGAAGCGAAAUGAUUUCAUGCAGCUUUUGAUAGAAAUGGAAAACAAAGGAACGCUUGAUACGGAGGAAGAAACCAGUGACACAUCAAAAGCAGAUAGUCUGAAUGAUGCUGGUCUAACAAUGAAUGAAAUCGCAGCCCAAGCAUUUAUAUUCUUUGCUGCUGGAUUUGAAACCUCUUCGACCACUAUGAGUUUCUGCUUAUAUGAGUUGGCCAUGAACCGGGAGGUACAGGAACGUGUUCAGGAAGAGAUCGAUGCAGCGCUAAGAAAACAUGAGGAUAAAAUCACUUACGAAGCCAUUCAGGAAAUGGAGUACCUCGACAAUGUGAUCUCAGAAACGCUAAGGAAAUAUCCUCCGGCUCCAUUUCUGGUACGAGAAUGUACCAAGAAGUACACAAUUCCAGGGACAGAUGUUGUUAUAGAGAAAGGAACGUUAAUUAUAAUUCCUGUAAUGGGACUUCAUAGGGAUCAAAAGUAUUACCCAGACCCUGAGAGAUUUGACCCAGAUCGCUUCAGCAAGGAGAUGAAGGACAGAACACCCCAAUUUACAUACCUGCCUUUUGGAGAAGGCCCAAGGGUCUGUAUUGGGAUGAGAUUCGGGCUACAGCAUAUCAAGGUGGCCCUUGUAUCGCUCUUGUCAAAAUACAGUUUCCAUGUAUCGAACAGGACAUCGGUGCCCUUGAAAACUGAUACGAGAAGCAUCAUUACAUCAGCUGCUGGUGGAGUGUGGCUCAAGAUUAAAAAACGGUUUAUAAAUAAGUAA